GACCCUUCUGGUAGCCCUGCAGCCUGGAUCCCUGGACCUGCCCUCAUGUCAUCCGGCUUGAUGUGGGAAUCGAAAAGCUUUAGCGACUGUCAGCAAGGAGACAGUGAGUCACUUGGAUCGUCUGGCUGCAAGGUGCUUUACGGAGUUGAUUAGGAAGCUAUGCCCCAGACAUCUGUGGUCUUCUCCGGCACCCUUGGGCCCAACUGUAACAGACCGGUGCAGCCUGGCAUGGGGGAAAGAGGAGGUGGGGCCAGCAGCGGCUCCAAGGACCUCAUUUUUCAAGAUGGACGCCUCACUUCCGGGUCCUUGGAGGCCUUGAUGGAGCACCUGGUCCCGACGGUGGACUAUUAUCCUGAUCGGACAUACAUCUUCACGUUUCUCCUGAGUUCACGGGUCUUCAUGCCCCCUCAUGACCUUCUGGCUCGAGUAGGGCAGAUCUGCCUGGAGCAGAGGCAACAGCUAGAGGCUGGGCCCGAGAAGGCCAAGCUGAAGUCCUUCUCUACCAAGAUUGUGCAACUGUUGAAGGAGUGGACGGAGGCCUUCCCUUACGACUUCCAGGAUGAGAAGGCCAUGGCGGAGCUCAAGGCCAUCGCACACCGCGUCACUCAGUGUGACGAGGAGAACGGCACAGUGAAGAAAGCCAUUACCCAAAUGAUACAAAGUUUGCUGCUGUCCCUGGCUGCCCGAAGUCAGCUCCAAGAGCUGCGGGAGAAGCUCCGGUCACCAGUUGUGGACAAAGGGCCUGUCCUUAAGGCCAAGCCACCAGCCGCCCAGAAAGACAUCCUGGGUGUGUGUAGCGACCCCCUGGUGCUGGCCCAGCAGCUGACUCACAUCGAACUGGAGCGGGUCAACAGUAUCCGCCCUGAGGACCUGAUGCAGAUCAUCAGCCACAUGGACUCCUUGGACAAUCACAGGUGCCGAGGAGACAUGACUAAGACCUACAGUUUGGAAGCCUAUGACAACUGGUUCAACUGCUUGAGCAUGCUUGUGGCUACAGAGGUGUGCCGGGUGGUAAAGAAGAAACACCGGACCCGGAUGCUGGAGUUCUUCAUUGAUGUGGCCCGAGAGUGUUUCAACAUUGGGAACUUCAACUCCAUGAUGGCCAUCAUAUCUGGCAUGAACCUCAGUCCAGUGGCACGGCUGAAGAAAACGUGGUCCAAAGUCAAGACAGCCAAGUUUGAUGUCUUGGAGCACCACAUGGACCCCUCCAGCAACUUCUGCAACUACCGCACAGCCCUGCAGGGGGCGACGCAGAGGUCCCAGACAGCCAACAGCAGUCGCGAGAAGAUUGUCAUACCUGUGUUCAACCUCUUCGUUAAGGACAUCUACUUUCUGCACAAAAUCCACACCAACCACCUGCCCAGUGGGCACAUUAACUUCAAAAAAUUUUGGGAAAUCUCCAGACAGAUCCAUGAGUUCAUGACAUGGACACGGGUAGAGUGUCCCUUUGAGAAGGACAAGAAGAUUCAGAGUUACCUGCUCACGGCGCCCAUCUACAGCGAGGAAGCUCUCUUCAUCGCCUCCUUUGAAAGUGAAGGUCCUGAGAAUCACAUGGAGAAGGACAGCUGGAAGGCACUCAGGACUACUCUCCUAAACAGAGCCUGAGGACACAGCCUGCGGAUGCCAGAUGAAGGAUAAAACAGAAUCACGUUGAAGUUGUGAUGGGUAUAGGAUAAGAGUGGCGAGGCCUCACUGGCUGGGGUCCAUUUUGUAUAUAACUUUUAUGACCAAGAAAACCGUAAUUAUCUCACGCAUCAGCCUUCGGCGCUUACACAGUCCUCUCUUUUUUUGUUGUUGUUGUUAUUUAUUUUAAACGGGGCAGGGCCCUGUUUUGGGGAGGGGCGGGAAAGAGUAUCAUGGGAGAUGGUAACCAUGGUAACACCUUAUUCUAAUGAAAUGUAGAUUUUUAUUUUCUACUUUUGAUGAUUAACAUCCUAUAAAGAAAAUUUAAAAUAACCCAACCAAAACCAAUGUGAGCCCUGCCUGCUCGGACGCCUCUCCAGCCAGUGUCUCUGAUGUUGGGGUUAGUGCCUUAGAGGGUACUGGGGGUCCAGUCUUCCUGUUCCAUUGUUGGAACUGAAGCCAACUCUGUCCUGUGCCACAAGGAGCCCACCCUCAGCAGCCUGGGCCACCAGGUUCCCACAGGAAGGGCUGGAGGGGCCAGGCUGUCUCGUGUGCACACUUCUGGAAGGGAACCUUUCCAUAGGGCUUUCCAAAGUUUACAUUUUCAUUUUCCUUUUUCAGGGAUUUAUGGGGUUGGGAGGGGCAAGGGGACGCCUGACAACAUAUUUUCUGUGAGAAUAUGUUUGGCAAAUCAUUCUUCAAUUGUGUUUUAGAAGAGGUUUUAAAAAAAAUGCUGUGACGAUCUCGGGAGAGCAUUGUAGUGCUGUCAGUCUUCCAGGCGCGGAGACGCUGCAAGGGAGAACGCACAAAGCAGACUCGAGGAUGGCAAAGCUGUGUCUGAAGCGGGUACACAAAGAGAAGGAAAAGAAAAAUGGGUGUGUGGCACACAGCCUCCCCUCCCUCUGGUAGGAACCCCCCUCCCCCCAUGGGUAAUCUGAAACUCUAUCAGCCAGGCAGCCUCCACCACCCGGAGCACUUCCGGAUUAAACUGCCCAACACAGAGCAGUGCACUUCUGAUCCAAACAGGGGAUUGGGGUUCAUCUUUCCUGUCGACUUCCUGGCGUGGACCCUGGGUCUUACGGAUCAUGGGUGGGAUGGCUCUGUCCCUCAGACAGCUGGAAUAUCUACACUGACUUGCUUGGCUUGGGUGGGAGCUGCCAGUCAAGAGGCCCAGUGUGGAAUGGAUGGUCCCAUUCCCAGAGCUUCGUUAGACAGCCUGGAGAUGGCUGGCCAGGCCAUCGGGAGGUGGGCGAAGUGGUCACUCUCAGCCUUGGGGAGCCGAGUAGCUACACUGUAUUGUCACAGUGUGUUUGCACUUUUCAGACCUUCUAGCCGGUAUAGAUUGUAUAUUGAUGGUACAUAUCGAUUUGUUUGUGUCUUUGAGAGAAAGGCUGGAAGCUUGAGAAUAUAUAUUUGGAAUAUAAUGUUCGAGCAUUUUCUGUACAUGUGUUAAGAGCCUUCAGUCCAUGUGUGCUUCAGGGGUCACUGGUUCCAGUAUCUUCUUGAGAAAGUGUCUACAUUGCUAUUUUACCGCCCCGGUUUGAUACACACUCCAUUCGAUGUUUUGGUAUUUGGAGUUGAUCUCUGAUAUAAAGCUGUACCAUAUGCAGGAUGUCAGUUGUGGUGUGACUGGAUGUACUUGCAUCAAUAAAAGAACAUGUUGCUCUUC